AUGACUGCAAUGCAAAGUAACCUCGCCUGGACCGUACCUGCGCACGCGUCUUCCAUCGCUCACCUCGAGCAACUUUCUCGUCCAGUACCAACUCCGGGAGACUACCAAGUGCUAGUUCGCAACCACAAGCCGAAUCUUGUUCCAUGUUGUGACGGUGCUGGUGUCAUUUAUGCUGCGGGUGUUUCAUCGCGUUGGGCCAGUCGCGAAGGAACUAAAGUGCUUCUCGACCCCAACGAAUGGUUAUCACGAGAUGUAAGAAAUCUUGACUUGGGCAAAGUGUAUGGCGCAGCAGGCUCGGAUGGCAUCCUGCAGCAAUGGGUAAUUGUGCCCGACGAGCGAGUGAUUGAGGCGCCUAAGCAUCUCAAUGCUGGGGAGAAUGCAGCUCUACCGACCGCAGGAGUAACGGCGUGGAGUGCGAUCAGAGAAGGCCUUGAUGCGUCGUUGAGCAGAGAGUCGCGCGCCUGGAAAGAUGGGAAGAGACUGGAAGUCAAGGCGAUAUUGACUCAAGGAACAGGCGGAGUGAGCUGUUUUGCGAUCCAGAUUGCUGUUGCCUUGGGAGCCACGGUAAUUGCUACCUCUUCCUCAGAUACGAAACUUGCGCUGGCCCAAGAACUCGGAGCCACGCAUGGCAUCAAUUAUUCGACGCAUCCGGAUUGGGACGAAGAGGUGCUCCGGCUCACAGAAGGGAAGGGCGUUGAUCAUGUCAUCGAGCUAGGAGGCGCUCAAACGCUGAUGAAAUCUAUCAACAGUGUCCGCAGAGGUGGCCUGGUCAGCGUCAUUGGGAUUCUGAGUGCGUCUCAAGACAUACCCGGAGAGAUUGUGCCAAGUCUGCUGUUUGGAGGCAAAACAGUCAAAGGUUGUGUAGCCUUCAAUCGGGAUGCAACGGCCGAAUUCGCACAGUUCGCCGAGCAGUAUGGCAUCAGGCCUGUCAUUGCUAAGGAAUUUGAGUUUGGAGAUGCGAUUACUGCUUUUGAAGCCUUGCAACACCAGAGUGAAGUAGGAAAAAUUAUCGUCAGGCUGAACAAUGAAUAA